UGUUAUCUACGGCUCUCUUAUAGCCAUAAAAGUCUAAAACCUCACGAAUUAAACGCAUUUAAUAUACGAUUUGAUUAGCAGUGAAGACAAUAAGCGAGUGAUUAGUUCAUCAGUGAAUGAGUCAUAUAUUGAGUCCAUUGGUAACCAUUGGUUGACUGUAUUGUCAUUCAAAUCAUAUGUCACGUAAUGAUUGCGUAAUCCAUUGAAUGAAAACAAAUAGUGUUUUGCAUUCAGACUUCAAUCACAAGUGACUUUGGAUUGCAUUUAAUGAUCGCAUGUAUUAGUGGACCACUGCUUGGAAACCAUGUCUUUGUAUCACAUGAGGGAGUAUUUGUGGCAAAAGGUGGUCAUCCGGUGGACGGGUCACCCGAGGGAUCAGUCGUGCACUGAAGACCUGUCUCACAGCCCACCCGACGUGACACUGAAGGACGUGAUGAUGCGAUUGGAGCCCAUUGUCGUCAAACUCCAGGGUCUUAUGAUUUGGGAUCAGCCCUACCACUCGAUGGUCGCUCUCAUUGCCUUCAAUUGUCUCUAUUGGCUCUUUGUUUGGUUCAAUAGGUUUAGUUUCUAUUCAUAUCUGGCGAUCGCUUUGUUUUGCAUCUAUUUCUUGAAACUGUGGACACAAUACAUUUGGCCAGAAAUCAGAGUACCUCCGAAUCCAUCGACUGAUACUGAAGGAUGGACACCCGUUCACCCGAAUGUGUUAAGCGCUCCAGAAAUCAAUCACUAUAUCAAUGAGUUGUGUGUUAUGUCGAGGGCUGUAAUCCUAUGGUUCAUUAGAUUACGACGAGAGAAACGAUUCAAGUUCUUCAUUACCACCACUUCUAUACUAUUCAUGACUGCAAUCAUUGGACGACUCGUUCCCGGAGUUCUCAUUGUCUACUCUAUCACGAUGAUAAUGGCUUUGGGACCGGGAUUUGCUUUAUAUGUAUUACCCGACGGAUUAUAUGAAGUGUUGAGAAAUUUCUUUAUCCCAAACGCCAAGAAUGACUCGACGGAUGGAAGUGAUGGAAGUGAUAGUCAAGAAUCCAAGGGUUCGGACGAUAUCUCCGAGAAGGAGAGACUCUCUGAGAUCGCUCUUCACGAGUACUUAAAGAGCACUGAAUAUGAACUCAACGCUAUGUAUGACAAGAGUGAGGACUCGUCUCUACAGCUCUUAUCGGACACACAGUUAGACAUUACGCUCGACAAAGAGCUGGGAAUUGAGGCCCAACUGAAUGACGAGGACAUCAAACUGGACACCCGUUCCUUGAGCUCCCACUCGAGUCGCUCGAGUGGUGGCAUUCGCUUCUUCACGUCUCACUUCAGCCGUAAUAGCAGUUCCGAUAACAUCGAAGACGAUUACGAACUCAUUUCUGACACUGAAAUACAAGACUUCGCCAAAGGCUCACAGAAUAGACGACACAAAAACUAA